CAAAGAGUCCUAUAGUAUUUCACAAAGAACAAGACAAAGUGGAUUUUAGCGUAAGGAGACCUUUAAAGGCUAUGUAAGGCUGUGGCGUUGAGUGGGACAGGUCAGUGGUCAGUGAGCUGGAGUAAAGACCCCGCUGAGUGAGUGAGCGAGAGAAUGGGUGGGUGUGACGCGCUUGGGCGUUCACCGCUGCUGCUGUUGUUGGUUUAAAGUGCGCGUUCACGCGGCCCUGCACUUUCUCUCUGAGCCCGAGCACCAGCAGCAGCAGCAGCAGGAAGGAGGAGCAGGACACGCCGGGAGCGCUCUGAAGAUUGGAUGACCAUUGAAAUCCACCAUGGAUAGUCUAGCCCGUGCUAAUGGCAACUUUGCCCUGGACCUGUACCGGGCCUUGAGUGCCGACAACUCAGUGGGGAACAUGUUCUUCUCACCUUUAAGCAUCAGUGCAGCUCUCAGUAUGGUCUACCUUGGAUCAAGAGGGGCCACUGCUAAAGAAAUGGCUGAGGUCAUGUCUUUUACUUCAGUCCCUGAUGUUCACACUCAGUUCAAGUCCCUCAACUCUGCAAUCAACAGUCCCAAAGCCUCCUACAUCCUCAGACUGGCCAACAGGCUGUACGGAGAGAAGACUUUCAAGUUCUUAUCUGAGUUUGUGGAGUCUACUCAGAAGUUGUAUGAAGCUGACCUGCAGGCUGUAGACUUCAUUGGAGCAUCAGAUGAGUCACGGAAGCUCAUCAACCACUGGGUAGAAGAGCAGACAGAAAAUAAAAUCAAAGAUCUUCUGAAGCCAGGCAUGGUCACAGGAAUGACACGGCUCGCCCUAGUCAAUGCUAUCUACUUCAAAGGCAACUGGCUGCAGAGAUUUAAUGCUCAAGAUACCAAAGAGAUGCCCUUUAAGAUAAAUAAGAAUGAGAAGAAAUCUGUUCAGAUGAUGUACCAGAUGAAGAAGUUCCCCUUCAACUACAUUCCUGACUACAAUCUGCAAGUGCUAGAAUUACCAUAUGUGCAAAAGGAGCUCAGUAUGUUGGUGCUUCUUCCUCCGGAGGCAGAGGAUGGCUCUGAUCCUCUCCAGAAGCUGGAGAGCGAGCUGACACUGGACAAGCUGCUUGAUUGGACCAAUCCAGACCACAUGGACACAGGAACGGACAUCAUCGUCCAUCUGCCAAAAUUCAAGCUGGAGUGGGAGAGCUCUUUGGAGGGGUUGCUGAGCAAGAUGGGCAUGAGCUCUGUGUUCCAGCCCGGUGCUGCAGAUUUAACAGGCAUGAGCAGUGAGGGUGGGCUGUAUUUGUCAGCAGUGGCCCAUAAAGCCUUUGUGGAGGUUAAUGAGGAAGGCACAGAGGCAGCAGCGGCCACAGCAGGCAUCAUCGCGUUCUGCAUGCUGCGAGAAGAGCACUUCAUGGCAGACCACCCCUUUUUGUUCUUCAUUAGGCACAACCCCACUAACAGCAUCCUCUUCUUUGGCAGGUUCAGAGGACCCACAUAAAAUGUAGUGUAUUCUAUUAGGCCUCAAAAAGAAAUGCUUGUUUCAUGUUCAUAGUAAAGAUAUUAAUAAAUAAAUGACUACAGCUGCCUAAA